GGCCGGGCCGGGCCGGGCCGGGGCGGUUCCGCCGCGCUCCGCUCCGCAGCGCUCGGCGGGGCCACGUCGGGCCGCGUGUGCGCGGGGCUGAGCGCGGCGCCGUGACUGCGGAGUGAACUCGGCCGUGCCCAGCGGCUCGGCGGCGAUAGGGGAGCGGGCUCCUGACGAAAGCGGAACUCGGCCGGGCCCAUACAAAUCAGAAAAGAGCCCGGCCGCCGCGGCAGAGGGGAGCGGAGCCCGCGGGGGCAGGGACGCCGCCGCCGCCGCGCUGCACGGAGCAGCGGCGCCGCGAGAGGCGCCUCCCGAUCUCCAUCCCGGCCCCGGCCCCGGCCCCGGCUCCGGCCCCGGUCCCGGCGAGCCCCGCACGGGACGGCCGCCAGCAGCGGGCUCGGCGCAGCGCGCACCGGCAGCGCUCGGCACCGCGCAGCGCUGCGCGCCCCGGGCGGCGGGCGCGGGGCACCAUGAUGAGCAGCUACCCGGACGCCGAGGAGGACGCGGUGGCGCUGCUGGCUCAUGACAGCGGCGGCAGCAAGGAACCGGAGCGGGGCAAGGAGGAGCUGGGCGCCGACAAGGGCCCCGAGAAGCCGGACCCGUCGCAGAAGCCCCCCUACUCCUACGUGGCCCUGAUCGCCAUGGCCAUCCGGGAGAGCGCGGAGAAGAGGCUCACGCUGUCCGGGAUCUACCAGUACAUCAUCAGCAAGUUCCCUUUCUACGAGAAGAACAAGAAGGGCUGGCAGAACAGCAUCCGCCACAACCUCAGCCUCAACGAGUGCUUCAUCAAGGUGCCCCGGGAGGGCGGCGGCGAGCGCAAGGGCAACUACUGGACGCUGGACCCCGCCUGCGAGGACAUGUUCGAGAAGGGCAACUACCGCCGGCGGCGGAGGAUGAAGCGGCCUUUCCGGCCGCCCCCGACCCACUUCCAGCCCGGCAAGACCCUCUUCAGCCCCGACAGCUACGGCUACCUCUCCCCGCCCAAGUACCUGCAGUCCACCUUCAUGAACAACUCGUGGCCGCUGGCGCAGCCCCCCGCGCCCAUGCCCUACGCCUCCUGCCAGAUGUCUGGUGGGAACGUCAGCCCCGUCAAUGUGAAAGGACUCUCGGGCCCGGCCUCCUACAGCCCCUACUCGCGGGUGCAGAGCAUGGCGCUGCCCGGCAUGGUGAACUCCUACAACGGCAUGGGCCACCACCACCACCACCACCCGCACGCCCACCACCCGCAGCAGCUCAGCCCCGCCAGCCCCGCGCCGCCCGCCGCCCCGGCCGCCAACGGGGCCGGCCUGCAGUUCGCCUGCGCCCGCCAGCCCGCCGAGCUGUCCAUGAUGCACUGUUCCUACUGGGAGCACGACAGCAAACACAGCGCCCUGCACUCCCGCAUAGACAUCUAGGGAGGCUCCGACCGGCCGCCGCCGCAGAGUGCCCCGGCCCCGGCCCCGGCCCUGCUCCGCUCCGCUCCCGCCGCGUUCCGUGCGCUGUCGUGUGCCUCCUCCUCCUCCUCCUCUUCCUCCCUCUCCUCUCUCUCUGUGCCCGAAGCGUGGCGCUGGGGAAAAGCCCCCCCUGCUCCGCGUCUGCCUAAGCGCGGAGCCCGGGCGGGCUGCUCCCCGCUCUGUCUGUCUGUCUGUCUGUCUGUCGCUCUGUCCGUCCGUGUGUUCGUUCGUUCCUCGGGGCCUGGGGCUUGUUUUCUCGGUGCUUUUGGGGAGGGGGGGCGCGAUGACAAGCAGGCCGGCUACCCCUCAACUCUCUGCCCCGUUCGAAGCCGGCCUCGGCGCUCUCGGGCUCGGAGCGCCCGGGGCUGUGGCGGUCCCGGGGCCGGGGCCUAGGCGCCGCCGUGCGCCGCCGAGCUCGGCCUCCUCCUCCCCUUCGGCCUCUCUUUCUGCUUCCUCGGCCUGCAAAAACACUGCGCUUCUUCCGAGCUGUGCCUUCUCUUCGAAAUAGUGCUGAUGGGGGGACUGUCGUAGCCGCAGGAGAAGUGCGAUGUCGCUGGUUGUUAGAAGCCAACAAACAAAACCCGCCAGGGUCACUCGUGAAACGUUUCGGCAGCGGUAGAUGUAUUUUUAAAGGAGACAAUGUCCUCUGAGGUCUUAAAAGUAAUUUUAUACAGGUCUAAAAAAAUAUUCUGAUGUUAUAAAAAGAAAAAGAAAAAAAAAAAAAGACGGUUUCCUAUGAAAUUUGAAUAUUUUUCCAAGCGCAUAUUAUUAUUAAUAAUGAAAGUUUAAACUAUCUUCGUAUUUUUCGACCCCAAAUCUGGCCCAAAAUGGAUUUUCGGUAGGUUCUGCUUUUGAAUGCUUUUUCUUGAAACGUUUUGAUCCUUCGAUUUUACAUAGAUUAAUGUGAAAAGAAAUAGCGUUUAUAAUACAGGGGCCAGUUCAUAGCGAUUUUAUAAGUGUUUAUGUAAGCUGAUAGAUGCUGUGGCAUAGUACCAUUUUGGGACCAACUUUUCUAGAGCGAACUAGCACUUUUAUUGUACUUUCUAGCAUUGUAAAGUCUCCAAUAAAACGCUUUUCUUUCUCUCGA